UCACUUUCUCUCUCACAGCCUGUGUCGAACCGUCCUGACUGGAUACUCAUGACGACGCCCCAGUCCUCACUCCCAUUGCGUGUCCGGUUUCUAGAAGCCAAUCGGCGUCCCCGCGGUUCCCGGUUACGAAGUUUCCACCGACCCGCCGGAACUCAGCGUCUCCUCAGACCCCGAGGAUGCGGGUCAUGGCGCCGCGAACCCUCCUCCUGCUGCUCUCGGGGUCCCUGACCCUAACCGAGACCUGGGCGGGCUCCCACUCCCUGAGGUAUUUCCACACCGGGGUGUCCCGGCCCGGCCGCGGGGAGCCCCGCUUCAUCGCCGUCGGCUACGUGGACGACACGCAGUUCGUGCGGUUCGACAGCGACGCCCCGAAUCCGAGGAAGGAGCCGCGGGCGCCGUGGGUGGAGCAGGAGGGGCCGGAGUAUUGGGAGGAGGAGACGCAGAUCUCCAAGGACGACGCACAGACUUUCCGAGCGAACCUGAACAUCCUGCGCGGCUACUACAACCAGAGCGAGGCCGGGUCUCACACCCUCCAGGAGAUGUACGGCUGCGACGUGGGGCCGGACGGUCGCCUCCUCCGCGGGUACAGACAGUUCGCCUACGACGGCGCCGAUUACAUCGCCCUGAACGAGGACCUGCGCUCCUGGACCGCGGCCGACGAGACGGCUCAGAUCACCAAGCGCAAGUUUGAGACGGUUGGUGCUGCGGAGCGCAACAGAGCCUACCUGGACGGGGCAUGCGUAGAGGCGCUCCUCAGAUACCUGGAGACCGGGAAGGACACGCUGCAGCGCGCAGAUCCUCCAAAGACACAUGUGACCCAUCACCCCAUCUCUGACCGUGAGGUCACCCUGAGGUGCUGGGCCCUGGGCUUCUACCCUGAGGAGAUUUCACUGACCUGGCAACGUGAUGGAGAGGAUCAGAUCCAGGACAUGGAGCUUGUGGAGACCAGGCCUUCAGGGGAUGGAACCUUCCAGAAGUGGGCGGCCCUGGUGGUGCCUUCUGGAGAGGAGCAGAGAUACACGUGCCAUGUGCAGCACGAGGGGCUUCAGGAGCCUCUCACCCUGAGAUGGGAACCUCCUCAGCCCACCGUCCCCAUCAUGGGCCUCAUUGUUGGCCUGGUUCCCUUGGUGGUCACUGGAGCCGUGGUGGCUGGAGCUGUGAUCUGGAGGAAGAAGCACUCAGGUGAAAAAGGAGGGAGCUAUGCUCAGGCUGCAAGCAGUGACAGUGCCCAGGGCUCUGAUGUGUCUCUCACGGAUCCUAAAGGUGAGACCCUGGAGGGCCUCGAUUGGGAGAGUGUGAGACAGCAACCUCAUGGGGACUGAGUGAUGCACGAUCCCACUUUGUGGCUUCAGAUCCCGUGACUCUUCUUUCUGCAGCUGCAUCUGAAUGUGUCUGUGUUCCUCGUAGCAUAAUGUGAGGAGGUGGGGAGACUGGCCCACCCCUGCCCACCACGACCCCUCCCCACCCUGACCUGUGUUCUCUUCCCUGAUCCACUUGCCUGUUCCAGCAGAGGCAGGGCUGGGCCACCUCGAUCCCUGUCUUAACUUCGUGUUGCACUGAGUAAUAAUGUCUUAUAUCCUUAUUGAAAAUAAAAUCCCUAUAUAUGAA